AAAAAAAAAAUGGCAAUUUCCCUCGGUUCGAUGAGUUCAGCAUCCGUUUCUAUGCAACAGACUCCUCCAGGAAAUCCAAUCUUUGUGAGCCGUGAUCCAAAGUUCAACUGUCUGAAGUGCAGGAAAGUGUUAAGAGAUGCAGUGCAAACCCUUUGUGGCCACAGGAUGUGUGAGAUCUGUGCAUUCAAGGCAUUUGAUGAACCACCACCUAUAAGGUGUCCAGGAAAUGAAGAAACAUGUGUGCCAGUUCUUAAAAAGGAUGAGAUAUUUCGUGACCCAAGUGCACGACGGGAGAUAAGAGCCCUUCUUGUAUAUUGUACUAACAAGGAUCAAGGGUGUCCAGCAGAAAUGCAGUGGAAACAACUGGAGUAUGUCAAGUAUGCUAAUGCCUCAAGGAAACCUGUUGUUGCAAGUGUUAUGGCAGAUGACUUACAAAAUCAAUUCGGAGAGUAUGCUAGGAAGAAAAAAAAUGCUUUCACAAAGUCAGUUGAAAAAGCAUACGCAGUUGUCUGCAAGGAAGAAGGCAUGGACAACACUAGUCAACUUGAAGACAAGCACCUUCGAAAGAGACAAAAAACAAAUAAUCAGAGUUUGCCUGAAGAUGAUGGUGAUUCCUCGGAUUCAGGCAGAAGUUUCUCUUCCAAUCCUGACAACUAUGUAUCAUAUGAGGAUUCUAAUUGUAUGAACAGCAUGAUGACCAGUCUGUACCAGAAAAGCCCCAAACCUGUACCUGGUAAAGAGAGAAACUCAAAACCAUCAUCUCCUUGGUAUGAUUCUAGUUCACAGACUUCUAAAAAAGAUUCUGGAAUGUCAUUUUGUAACCAGAUUGACUUAACAGACUCUCCUUGUUCAUAUUUAUCAAAAGAGGAUGAAGAAAGCACAAAUAAAAGUGGAUUUCUGGAAGAAAUGGAUGAGGAUGGUGGUAGUGCCACUUUCUUUCUUGACCGUGUAGGAUCAAAGGGAAGUAACUCCACGCCUAUAGAUAAACUUCGUGGUAAACCUAAAAUAAAAACAGGUACUGAUACUAGUGAUGUUAAUGUUUUGGCUGACCAGCAGACUAAAAAGGAUGGUAGGAAGGAAGGAACUGCAAAAAAGAUUGUAAAGAAACGAAAAAAGAAAGAUGAUAGUGAUGAUGAAAGUCGAACUAAAAAAAGCAAAGCACCAGAGGUACAGAUGUCGUCAGCAUCCUUUGCAGACUUUGGUGGAAAUGAAGAAUGUUUGAUGGAGGUGUGUAAGCUGCUUGUCCAUAUGAAACACCCAGAGGUUUACCAGCAAUUAGGUGUGACACCACCCCGUGGAUUCCUCCUCCAUGGGCCUCCAGGCUGUGGCAAGACUCUGUUGGCUAAUGCCAUUGCUGGGGAAUUAGGUUUGCCUUUCAUCAAGAUAGCAGCCACUGAAGUGGUAUCAGGUGUGUCAGGAGAAUCAGAAGAGAAGAUCAGAGAUCUGUUUGAUAAAGCUGUGAUGUCUGCACCAUGCAUUGUGUUUAUUGAUGAAAUUGAUGCCAUUUCACCAAAACGAGAGACAGCCUCCAAGGAUAUGGAGCGUCGCAUUGUUGCUCAGCUGCUUACCAGUAUGGACGAUCUUGGUAGUAAAGUCAGUUCCCAUGUGCUGGUGAUUGGAGCAACAAAUAGACCUGACUCAAUUGAUCCUGCUCUCAGAAGGGCUGGACGAUUUGAUAGAGAAAUUUGUUUGGGUAUUCCGGAUGAAAAAGCCAGGAAACGAAUACUAUUAGUUCUGUGUAGAGAAUUGAAACUGACAGAGAAUUUUGAUUUUGACUUCCUGGCUAAAAAUACACCUGGAUAUGUAGGAGCAGAUCUCAUGUCCCUAGCUAGAGAGGCGUCAAUGACUGCUGUUAACAGAGUGUUUCAGGAGCUACAGGCUCUUAAAAGAACGCCCACCUCACUGACUCAUAUUCCUGAAAGUGACCCCAUACCUAAUGACAUGCCAGACAGUCACCCAGCACCAAGUCACAUUGUAGUCAGUAACAUCACACCCAGUGAUACCACGAAGGAGGCACAGACAGACACCAUGAAGGAGGGAGAAACAGAUGUUUCCAUGGAGAUAGGCUCAAGUGAUUCUACCCCUGAUUUAACAGCAAACACACAGAAAGAUACCACUGCAGAAUUACAAACAGUGCUGAGUUGGCUAAAGGAUCAUCCUCCCCUAACCCCACAGCAGAUGGAGGACCUCUUCAUCACAAUGGAAGACUUCUUGGAAGCUCUGAAACAUGUUCAACCAUCAGCCAAGAGGGAAGGCUUUGCUACCAUCCCUGAUGUGACCUGGAAUGACAUUGGUGCACUUCAUAGUGUUCGGGAAGAUCUACAACUUGCCAUUCUUGCACCUGUGAAACAUUCUGAUGCAUUCCAUGAACUGGGGCUGAAUAGAGCCCAGGGGAUCCUGCUGGCAGGGCCCCCAGGCUGUGGAAAAACUCUCCUAGCUAAGGCGGUUGCAAAUGAAUCUGGAAUAAACUUUAUCUCAGUCAAGGGACCAGAGCUUCUAAACAUGUAUGUAGGAGAGAGUGAGCGGGCCGUCAGACAGGUAUUCCAGCGAGCCAGGAACUCAUCACCUUGUGUAAUAUUCUUUGAUGAAUUAGAUGCCCUUUGUCCACGAAGAACUGAUAGUGGGGAGGGUGGAUCCAGUGUACGAGUCGUGAAUCAACUUUUAACAGAGAUGGAUGGUCUGGAGGAAAGGAAGCAAGUGUUUAUCAUGGCAGCUACAAACAGACCAGAUAUAAUUGAUCCGGCUGUCUUACGACCGGGCAGACUGGACAAGACCAUCUAUGUUGGACUUCCUAAUUCAUCUGAUCGUCUGGACAUCUUGAUGACCAUCACAAAGAAGGGAACAAAACCGAAACUAGAGGAGGAUGUGAAUUUAGAAGAGGUCGCCAACGAUCAGAGGUGUCAGCGCUAUACUGGUGCAGACUUGGCUGCAUUGGUGAGAGAGGCAUCUGUUUGUUCACUAAGAGCAAUCAUCAAUUCUACCGGAAAUGACAAGCCUUCCCUAAUUGUUACUAAGCAACACUUUGAAAUGGCCUUCACGAGAGUCCAGCCCUCAGUAUCAACAAAGGAUCAGGCAAAAUAUGAGAAGCUGAAAGAAUCAUUAUCUUUAGGAUGAGGGCUUUUUAAUAUCUCAAAGCUGAUGAAUAUCAAUAAAAUUGA